AUGAUGCCCGAUGCCUUACGGAAUAUUGACACCAUUGGAGCCGAUGUGAUUCUUGCUACUGUUUUGUUUCUCAUCAACUCAGAGCUCAUUGAGUCUGGGUGGCAAAGUUGGAGGCCUCAUCUCGAGGGUGCGAAGAAGCUUUUGAAUAUGAUAGAACCAUAUACUGGCUCUGACACCACUCUGAGAGACUAUAUUGUUGCGGACUGUUAUGUCUAUUGCACAUUGAGCUUGUCUUUCAACCCAUCACAACCAGGCACCCAGGCAGCAUCAUUUGCACCAAAUCAAGUCAAAGAAACAUUGUCGCGAACCAACAACUCUUUCUUCUGCUGCCCCCCUGAAGUUCUCGACAUCCUCCGCGAGACAGCACAACUUUUACAUGCCGAAGCUCAAGGCAACGUCUCCAGCAAUGAAGCGCUUAUCGAAUUCACCAACCUACUAGACCGGGUACAACGUCUCGAUGUCCUCAAAUGGGCAAAGGACAGAAUGCCAGAUGCCAGCAAAACCGCCCUUUGGAGCAGUGCCCGAACUGGCUCCGCGCACAGAUUGGCAACAUGUCUCUACAUCAUCCAGGCAGCUCCCGCACUACGGGCCAGGAUGCCAGACCAAGUUCCCAAAACACUCAUCCAGGAUCUUUACGAGACGCUCCUACCACAGCCUGACGAAGACCCAAACUUCAAAGCCACGGGCUGGCCCACCUUUAUUUAUGGAACAACGGCGACGACUCCGGAGAGCCGGGCGUGGGUUAUGGAUCGAUUGAAGGCGGUAGCGCAAAUCAACCCAUGGGGAUUUCUAUACUCUGCGAUUGAUACGUUGCAAAUUUUGUGGAAGCAUGAGAAUGGCGAUGAUGGAUGCAUGAAUUGGUUGCAGAAACUCAAGGAUUUGAACGUGGACUUUUUGAUGGUUUAG